CUACCAAAUCUAGAACAAAAAUUACCAUCCACCACGGAAAACGUUCUCAGCACCGAACCCGCAUGCUCCUUGGACUGCGGCUCUGGUGGCAAUUGCUAUAUCGAACGCUACCGUAGCGAAGAUGAGGAGGAUCUUGAAGGCAACGGCGUUACCGCGAGACAGAUACAAGGGUCUUUCAGGCAGAGGUGUCAAUGUCCGCUGGGCAGGAGCGGCGAUCGAUGUCAGUUAGAGAGCGAGGUGAGGUCACCGCGAUUUACCGGAUCAGGAUGGCUCGCGUUUCCGGCUCUGAGAGCGGCUUACAAGCACGUCCAGCUGGAGCUUGAAUUCCGUCCCGAAGCCUGGGACGGAGUGCUGCUACUGGCUGGCGAACGGGAUGAUCUACAAGGUGACUUCAUGGCCCUGAUCCUCCACCACGGCUUCAUUGAACUCAGAUUCGACUGUGGAAGUGGGGUUGGAAUCGUAAGGAGUUCCGAGACGGUGAAGCUCAACGAGUGGAACACCCUAACUGUCUACAGGCAUCGUUGGGACGCCUGGAUUCAGCUUAACCAAGGGAAACGUGUACAGGGAAGGUCAAAGGGUUUGUUCUCAAGGAUUACCUUCAGGGAACCACUGUUUGUUGGAGGCCCCGGAAAUACAACCGGCUUGGAAAGACUUUCGGUGAGGAGCGGAUUUAGGGGUUGCGUCCGACAUCUGGAAGCCAACGAGCAUCGCUAUCGUUUUCCACUUGCUCCACAAGGGGAUGCUGCAAAUGGAUUUGACGUUGAGGAAUGCACGGCCGACAGGUGCAGUAAGGUACCUUGUUCCCAUGGUGGAAAAUGCUUGACUACCGGUGGGGACACGGCCGUCUGUCUCUGUCCUCUCGGUUACACAGGCGACCUAUGUGAAACUCGAGUUGACCUUCAGGUGCCGUCCUUCAAUGGGUCCUCGUAUUUAAGGUAUCCCGGAUUAGCCGAUACCUCCCUAUCCUGGCUGGAAUUGGCCGUCACGCUAAAACCUACUGCUCCCGACGGUGUGGUUCUCUAUAACGGACAUCACAGCGAUGCCACCGGUGAUUUUAUUGCACUCUAUCUCUCCGCGGGACACGUGCAAUUUACCUUCGACCUGGGAACUGGUCCUGCCACUUUGAGGAGUGAGACGCCGGUUCGUCUUGGAGAAUGGCUGGAAGUACGUGUGUCGAGAACAGGUCGUCUAGCUUCGCUAGAAGUCGAAGACGAUCCACCUCAGGAGAUCCUGGCACCAGGAGCAUUCACGCAGUUGUCCCUGCCCUUGAAUCUUUAUCUGGGAGGUGCGCCGACCCCGGACAUGUAUUCACCGAAAAUGAAAACAACAGCUAGUUUCAUUGGAUGCAUACAGACGGUUAUACUGAAUGGUAGAGAAGUUGGCAUCCUGGCUGAAGCUCUUGGUGGGGUGAACGUUGGAAAUUGUGGACAUGCCUGCGAAGCUAGACCUUGCGGUGAUGCGGAAUGUCGUCCUCUUAGAGAGAGAUUCACCUGUCGCUGUCGUCCUGGAGUGCCACACCCUUGUCCAGCGCCGGAUUACACUUCAUUAACACCCUCACCACCAAGACCAGAUCCAUCUGCACCGGCUAGAUAUGAAAAAUCCGUACCCAGCUUCUCGGGUAGCGAGAGUUAUCUACACUACAGUGAUGCAGAUACCAUGAAGAGAAUAAUAAGCUACCGAGUGGACAUCAACAUGCGAUUCAGGGCGAGCAGCAGUAGCGGCUUACUCCUUUGGAGCGGAAGGCAACCUGAUCCCCAGGAGCAGAGGGAUGCCAACGAUGAUUUCCUUGCUCUCGGCUUAGAUCAGGGCUAUCUCACUUUGGCCUAUAAUCUAGGCUCUGGAGAAGCCGUUCUCAGAUACAAUCUCACGAGAUUAGACGACGAUCUUUGGCAUCGCGUCAGAGCUGUUAGAAACAAGCAGUGGGCUUCGCUCGUGGUUGAUAGCGGUACAGGAGUCUCAGCAUCUUCUCCUGGACAGUUGAGACAACUUAAUACCGAUACGGGUCUCUACGUUGGUGGUGCACCGGACAUCGUAAGGACAACGGGAGGAAGGUAUAUAAAGGGCAUCGUAGGCUGCAUCAGCGAUCUGGUAUUGGACUCCGACUAUUCAGUGGCGCUGCUGUCGCCGGAACAGGCAACUAACACUCACUCCUGCAUUCCCUGAGUGUUUCAGAAUAUGCAAUAGGAGGCCGGAUAUCACGCGAAGUUAGGAUAUGAAAAUUAAUGAAUAAAAAAUAAAAGUUGAAGUGUGAAUUCCGUUGGAAAUCGAGGAACGGAGAGCGGCCAUUUUAUGGAAUUACGAACUUCUCCGUACCGGUCGGCGUGUUCGGAUUACACUUAAUCAUGACGUCGACAUGGCCGACGAAUCAUAUUUUGUACAGACUCUUACGAAGUGAGGAGUUUUUAAAAGGUAGUGAAUUUCUCUACCCUCGAGGAUAGAUCGACUGUCGGAUUCUAGUCAGCUUCUUGUAAAUAUUAAAAUAAUUGAUACACCGAUCUAUCCGCCUUGAUAGGCUUUCUUCCGUGGCAACUUCCAUGUUGUUAUUGUCGAUUUUAUCUGUAAUCUUUCUCUUGGUUGUCAGCUCUGAUAAUUUUUACUGCUAUUUAUUAACGGCUUUCGGAAUAACAGAUAUUUGCAUUAAUUACUUUACCUACGUAAUUUUAUAUCACUCCUUAUUUUAUUGAUUGCAUAAUUGUGUGUAGAUAUGUGACUUAACGCCUCCUAUUUGUAACAACGCUGUCAUUCGAAUUUGACCUUUAACCGGGAAAUUGAUGUCUCGGAAAGCCGAAAUAUUUUUUAAUAAAAAUAUUCGUCAUAUAAUUGCAGGAGUGCACUGCAAUGAAAUCGUUUAUUCGAUACUCACACGUGGUGCGAAUAACGUGCACUUGUAAUAUUGUAUGGUUGUUUACAUCAUGUAACGCGUGCGUAUGAAUGAGAGCUGUCGUUGAAAAGGAACGCGAAGAAAAAAAAAACGAGCUUGUGUAUUCUAUGGUACGUUCUCUGUGUGUACAUAUAAAUAUAUUAUUUAUUAUUCUAAGUAAGUUGCCAUGGUAGAAAUCAUUUGGUCGGUGGUGAUCGUCUCCGGGCAAAUAUUACGUAGGAGACACAUCGUCUACGAGAUGACGGCUUUUGGCCUAAGGAAACAGAUUAAUAGAGAAGAAACCCCUCCGCGUCAAUUUUGUAUCGCCACUUCCGACCGGAAAAAGAGAGAAACCCGUUAUAAAAUUCAAACAGCAAAUGUCGCACCUUUAUAUUCGUAUUGCACAAUACGAGUCGGUAUUCACGUCCGGGCACAUCGCAAUUUUUACCAGUGAAGUUAUAUGUACUUAUCUGCCACUUUUAUAUGUAACGUAAAAUUUUUCACGAUUUUUUAGAGAGCAAUUGAUCGAAUUCACAUGCUUACGUAUAUGGCUUAAAUACAUCCACGCACUCUUAUUUUUUAGACGGGGUUGAUUACAAUGGCAACUACUUGUUAAAGGGGAGAAAACCUUGCAAAGAUAAACAAAUAAUUUCGUGUCGCUCUGCGCGAAGUAAAGAAAUUUCAUAUGGAGACGGAUAAAAACUGGACCAAAAAUCAAAAUAAUUUUUUUUUUCAUUAUUUAUUUUACGUAUUAAGGGCACGAAUAAUAGUGCAAGUCCAAUUGAAUUGGCUGGGAGUAAAAAGUUUUGAUCAAAAAGUUGACACCUGUUUGUACAGUCUGUCGCUCGAUAUCGUUUAUUUAUAGCAAUAAUAGAGUGAAUUGGGCUUCUCGAUAAUUAUUACACAUUAUCUGGAUAGUCAAUCCCACUUUCAGGAAAGCACGUCUACGCUUUCAUUAGGAAAUUAAUUAGCAAUUGUAUUACGAACGUAAUGGGACGAUAGAAUAUUCAUAUUUAUCAUGAAAAAUUCUCAGUGAACGAGAAUAAAAAAUAAUGUUCUCCGUGUCCGAUCGAAUGAUCUUUGGCCCAGUUUGGUCAAAAUAAUUUUUCAAGAAUUAUUACCGGUCGGACGAAUUCCAGGUCAAUACGUAUACACGCCAUAUCCAAUAAAAAGAAAAAACGGUGAAGAAUAAAAAGAAUAUGUAACGAAUAGAUUAAUGACGUAACGAUUUGUCGACUUUAUCGAGAGAAUUCUAUAACGGUCGACCCCUUGACACAGUAACACAUCAUAGAAGCAAUCGGCUAUAGUCAAUUUUGUACAAGCGUUAUUUUCUUGAAACUAUAUAUAUAAAUACAUAUUAAUGAAAAAGAGGUAAAUGGUAAUUAACGUAGAGAUUAAAAUAUGAUAAAUAAAUUAUUCGGUAUUGUUAGUGAUGUAAGUCACACUCGGUAACUUCGUUAGCCUAUUUUCACAGCACCUUCAGUUUUAUUUAAAAUCUAUUUACGUGCUUAUCAAGUAAAUUUUUCAUUUGAAAUGUAUGUACGCUUAAUUCACAAAGAACGUAAAUUAUCAUUACUUAUUAUAUCAGAGUAUCGUUACGAACAUUGUUUUUAUUCAAAAUCUCAGCUUGCAACUUGGAUACUAAUUGAAUGACUUAUUCUAGAUCCAUAUAUGUACCGUGAGAAAUAUAAUAUGGACAUAAUAAGAACAGUACACGAGGAAUUAAAAUAAAACAAAGAAAACUGAUAAUUUCUUCUUUCAAUAGUUUCUCAUUUUUUUAAUACUAAUUCUGAGUGCAGUGAACGUCGUCUCGCGUCUGGCUGAAUAUUUGAAUGUCGUAGAGAGCAAUACAAAAAUAUUAUAACUACAGCUUUUCGAGAAGAAGAAAAGAAAAAAAAUAAAUCUCCCUCCUACGGUCGUUGUAACCAUUUACAUUGAUUUACGUCAUGCGAAUGUACAGUUUCACAGAGAAAAAGAACUAUACAUUUAGAUAAAUAUAUAUAUAAAUACCUAUAAAUAUUUACAGAGAGAGAGAGAGAGAGAGAGAAGAACAAGAGAGAAAAGAAUGAAAGCGAGUAUGUGGACCGUCAAACUGAAUAUAUUCUUUUGACAAUGUCCAAGAGAAAUCGUACGUAAACACUGUCCGGUGUAAAAUAAUAUAAAUGUACCUAUACGAUACUAGCAAUACACGACCGUGCGUCUGAUUUAAACCGCAUACUUAUAAUUUUGUAUCCUAACUGAUAUAUUCGUUUAUCCCUUUUUAUAUAUGAAAUCAUUACUUUUCAAUACCGAUACUUGAGAGUAGCUAAUGCCACGAAAGUCGACUACACUGUUCACGAAUAAUAUGCUCCGUUCCCUUUCCUCAUGGAAUUGCAGUGCCAUGCGAGUUUAUAUAAAAAUUGUAUCAUCCAAAGGACUGGCUACAGAUUAUACAAGCUCUAAUUAUAAUUACUAUGUGUACGUGUGAGUUUAUGUAUGCAUUGUAUGCACUCGUUCAAAUACAAUUGAUCGAUCACUGAUUAAUUGAUGACGAUGGUAAUUCGAUUAGAUUUUUUCUUUAUUCUGUCGCCAGUAAUGAAAAUCUAUGCAAGGUUGAUCGUCCGAUUGUUUCAGGGGAUGUAUUCAUCCUCUUUUUUUAUUCUCAAUCCUCCCUAAUAAUUUAACGCUUAAAUUUAUUUUACCCAUUAGUAUUGAAUCCCUCUGGACUCGAAGCACUUCUCUUGAUGAGAAAGAAUUUCAAUCAGGAGAUAGUAAAAUUGUGAGCGUAUCGAUAUCACUUGCUCGGUAAUUGGAUGGAAGAUUUAAUGCAGAAUGUAAUGAGCAGUAUAUAAUAAGGCUGAUAAGGAUGAUAAAUAUGUCGUGAUGUAUGGUACUUAAACUUAACACAGUCUCCUAACUAUCAUCUCACACACAGUCAGGAGGCACGAGGUAAAAGCAAGGAAAAAGUAAUAUAUUGAGGAAAGCAGGAAAAAAUCAUACAUAUUAAGUAUAUAAUAGGUAAUAAAUAUAUUAUUAUGGGAUACUAUAAUUAAUAUAUGAUGCUACAUUAACUAUUUCUAUUAUGUCCAUCUGCAAAGUCUAUUACAAGAGUCUAAGCUACCCGACCGAGAUAUGUAUAUCCAAAGUCCUUAUAUAUUAUCAUAUAAGUUGGUUAAAUAAUAGUGAAACAUAACUCGAUUGGAAUUUUUUUCUUUGAUUCACACGCUUAUAGUCGCGUGUAGUUUUAUCGUUAAAACGGAUCAAAACGAGCGUCCUAUACGUCACUUCAACUUUUCGUUGUGUCAUGGAUCAGGCAAUAGAAUUUAAUUAUGUAAGUUCUUUAAAUAAUUAAGAUGAACUCAAGAGCAUUGCCAUAAGUUCAUUAUUCACGUAGGGAACGUGUCUUCUAUGUUUGUACAUGAAAUUUAUGCCCAAAAGCCAUGAUGGCGUCUUUACUUCCGUGGCGCCUUAAAGAAGUGAAACUGCGAGACGAGGAGAAAAACCGUGAAGAGAAAACUUAAAACUGUCUUUUCGUUAUGUCAGAUUUUACCUUCGUUAAGGAUGCUGACGUAAUUAUAAACUCACUAUCACAUGGAAUUCUUUGUGAAAUUAUAUGUAUGUUCGUACACCCAGCGGUAUAAUUCCAUAUGGACUAUCGUUGGUCCGCGAGAUCAGUGUUUUUCAAGGGGUCUCCUGCUUUAUGGAUUAUAACGUAAAAAAGUCCCUUUGUUGUGACAUUGAUGUCGCGUACCGACUAAAUGAGCAAGUGUGUGUUGUUUCAACCCACGUUGUCAAAAGCAUCAAUAAAGAUGAAAUUUUGUAAAGCA